AUGUCGAAGCUGGCCGCGUAUCCCGUCGACAAGGAAAGCGUGAUGGUGGACAAGUACACCUUCACGCUCCCUGAGCUGUACCGGGAGAUUGCGAAGGAGGAACUCCGCGAGACGGAUCAGGUACGCGACGUGGCGAUGACGCAGAUGCGCGAGUGGAUAGUCCGCAACAAGUACAUCCACAAGUGCCGCACGGAUGCCUCGUUUCUGUUGCGAUUCCUGCGUGCCAACAAGUUCUCGGUACCGAUGGCAUGCGAAGCCCUCGAGCGUUAUCUGACGGUGCGCGAGAUGUACCCGGGGUGGUACAAGCACCUAGACAUCACAGAGCCUGGUACGCAAAUCCUGCUCAAGGAUGGACCUCUUUCCAUUCUUGGUCAGGAUAGUGCCGGCCGAACCUUUGCGCUGUUUCGUAUGGAGCUAGUAAAUGGUGAGCUGGUGAUGCCAGUGCAGAUGUGCCGGUAUGCGUCGCAUGUACUUGAAACGAUGCUCGAAUCGGAAGAGGUCCAGAUUGGUGGCCUAAUGGUGCUCAUGGAUUACACCAGGGUCGAUAUGAAAGUGUUCCAGAACUGGGGAGCAACCGAAAUGAAGAUAGUGAUGGAAGGCUUAAUCCACAACUAUCCGGUGCAAUAUCGUGAAGUACAUGGAGCAAAGCUGCCAAAAUUGGCGAUUCCGAUCAUAGAGCAGCUGCUCUCAUUCGGUUCACCCAAGUUCCGGGAGAUCAUACACUGCUACACUUCGGUUGCGGAAAUGCAGAAACUUAUGGAACCAUCAAUUACACCCAAACAAUACGGAGGCAGCAUGGAGCUCGAUUUGAACGACGUAAACAAGAGGUUUUUGGAUCGGAUGGUGGAGCUUCAAGAUGUUAUUGCUGGCUUGGACAAAAUGGAGAUCGAUAUGGACCAUUACACCGAGGUUUGGGACAAGCUAAAUCCGGAUCUGAUGGAGGCUAGGUCGUUUAAGAAUUUAACCUUCGAUUAG